GACAUGGAAGGUAAAAACCAGACAGUUGUUUCUCACUUCUUUCUUCUGGGACUAACAGAUGAUCCAACUGUGAAGCCUGUGAUCUUUUGUCUCUUCCUGUUCAUGUACAUGGUCACCGUCUUGGGAAAUCUGCUUAUUAUCCUUGUUGUAAGCUCUUAUCCCCAUUUACAAACACCCAUGUACUUUUUUAUUUCAAAUUUAUCAUUUAACGACAUCUGCUUAACCACAACUGUCAUCCCAAACAUGUUACGGACUACCCAAGCACAGGAUCCGAGCAUUAGUUAUGCAGGCUGCCUUACUCAGCUCUGCUUUGUCUUGCUCUUUGCUGGAUUUGAAAGCUGUCUUCUUGCAGCAAUGGCCUAUGACCGAUAUGUUGCUAUUUGUUAUCCACUGAGUUAUACGGUCAUCAUGAAUUUUCACUCAUGUGCUCUACUAAUUCUCUUCUCUGUUUUCAUUAGUGUUUUGAACAUGGGACUUCUUGGUCUCAUGGUAUUGAGAAUAUCCUUCUGCACAAAUCUAGAAAUUCCCUUAUUCUUCUGUGAACUUUCUCAGAUCAUGAAGCUUGCCUGCUCUGACACUCUCAUUAAUGAUAUUCUGAUAUAUAUUGCAACAUUUAUAUUUGGUGGCAUCCCAAUCUCUGGUAUUAUUUUCUCUUAUGUCCAAAUUGCCUCUUCUGUUUUGAGAAUACCGUCAGUAAAAGGAAGAUAUAAAGCCUUUUCCACUUGUGGUUCUCACUUGUCAGUGACUUCUUUGUCCUAUGGUUCAGGAUUGUGGGUUUAUAUAACCUCUUCAGUUUCUAUUUUACCCAAGAAGACUUCAGUAGCCUGCAUUAUGUACACUGUAGUCCCACAAAUGUUGAACCCCUUCAUCUUUAGCUUUCGAAAUAAAGACAUGAAAGGAACUAUUAAAAAAUUCAUCAGUAGAGUAGCUUCUCUUUGA